AUGGAUUCUGCCAUUGACAUGUUGGACUCUUCGCUCGCCCUGGACCUGUCUCGGAUCCGGGUUCAGCUGAUCCGGCUAGAGGAUUCCAUCACCUUCCACCUUAUCGAGCGGGCGCAGUUUCCCCUCAACAAGAGCAUCUACGAGCCCGGUGCUGUGCCCAUCCGGGAUUCGUUGCUGCCGUGGCCGUGGACCCGACCGCUCUUCGGCAAGACGUACUCGUUCAUGGACUGGUAUCUGCGCCAGCAGGAGCGUCUGCAGUCGCGCAUCCGGCGCUUCGAGUCGCCCGACGAGAACGCCUUCUUUCCCGACGCUGUCGUCGGCCGUCCAAUCCUGCGCCCGCUCGACUACCCGGCCAUCCUGCACCCAAACGACGUCGUGGUCAACGACGAGAUCAAGGCGUACUACGUCCACAAGCUGCUGCCGGCCGUCUGUCCCGAUCUCGGCCACGGCGACCGCGGCGAGGUCCAGGAGAACUACGGCUCGUCUGCCACCUGCGACAUUGCCGUCCUGCAGGCCCUCUCGCGUCGCAUCCAUUUUGGCAAGUUUGUCGCCGAGUCCAAGUUUCGUGCCGAGACCGACCGCUUCACCCGCCUCAUCCGUGCCAGCGAUCGCGACGGCAUCGGCGAGGCCAUCGUCAACAAGCGCGUCGAGCAGCUCGUCCUGCAGCGCAUGCGCAACAAGGUCGAGACCUUUGGCCAGGACAUUGCAGCCGACGGCGCCACCGGCGCCCCCAACAAGAUCAACGUCGACGCCGUCGUCGCCCUCUACGAGGAUUUUGUCAUUCCCCUCACCAAGGUCGUCGAGGUCGAGUACCUCAUGCAGCGCCUCGACGACGUCCACAUUCCCUGGUACAAGAACCUGCCCCGGCCCAUCGCCAUCGACCCCAGCCAGGCCGCCCUGCUCUGCGGCAUGGGUCUUGGCGGCACUAUCGUCGUCGUCGCUGCUGCCGCACUGCGCUGGCUGCCUCUGCGGAGAUGA